GGCAGAACAGGAAGUGAGGAUCAGAGCGCUCUCUCACUUCUGAAAAGGACAGCAGGAUGGUAGGAGCUUUCCCUUGACUGACUGGCAAAGGGGCGGCUUCUUAAAACAAGCCAAACAGAUAUCCAUUUUCUAGGGAGACCCUGGCACGUGCUCACUGAUUCUGCCAAUUUUUUAUGGACGGAAAUACCUAGGAGGGAAGAACUGGGAUUUAUUUAAUGGGGAUGUGUUCAAGGCAAGAGCGAAUUCAGAAGGAUAUCGACGUCGUGAUCCAGAAGUCCAGAGCCGAGAAGGACUGCCUGUUUGCAGAUUUCAGAUACUCAGACUCCACCUUUACUUUCACCUACGUUGGCGGCCCCAAAAGUGUAUCCUAUUCAGUACAUGUGUCUGAAGAUUACCCAGAUAAUACGUACGUAUCAAGUUCAGAAAAUGAUGAAGAUGUAUUAGUCACCACAGAGCCAAUUCCAAUAAUUUUUCAUCGAAUAGCAACAGAAUUAAGGAAGACAAAUGACACUAACUGUUGCUUAUCCAUAAAAUCCAAAUUACAGAAGGAGAAUGGAGAGGAGUCAAGACAAAAUAGUACAGUGGAAGAAGAUUCUGAAGGUGAUAAUGAUUCUGAAGAAUUUUAUUAUGGAGGACAGGUGAACUAUGACGGGGAACUGCACAAGCACCCCCAGCUUGAGGCUGAUUUGUCGGCAGUGAGAGAGAUAUACGGGCCGCACGCAGUUUCUCUCAGGGAAUACGGAGCCAUUGAUGAUGUAGAUAUUGAUCUGCAUAUUGAUGUUAGCUUUCUGGAUGAGGAGAUUGCUGUGGCUUGGGAAGUGAUUCGAACAGAACCUAUAAUUGUCCGACUACACUGUUCACUUACACAGUAUUUAAAUGGCCCAGUGCCCACUGUUGAUGUCUUUCAGAUUUCUACAAAAGAGCGAUUUGGACUGGGACAUCAGCUGAAAAAGAUCAUGCAGACAUUCGUUACACAGCAGUGGAAACAGAGCAAAGAAAAAUCGAACUGCCUGCACAAUAAGAAGCUGUCAGAGAAGAAGGUGAAAUCUCCCCUGCAUUUAUUUUCUACCUUGCGCAGGUCGCCAAGUUACCCUCCCCCCGGUUGUGGUAAAAGCAAAUCCAAGCUGAAAUCGGAGCAAGAUGGGAUCUCCAAAACGCACAAGCUGCUGCGGAGGACUUGUUCCAGCGCCGUCAAGACCGACGACGUGUGCGCCACCAAGUCUCACAGGACCUUUGGUCGCUCCCUGUCCAGCGACCCGAGGGCGGAGCAGACCGUGCCGGCAAUUAAGUCGCACAAACUCUUGAACCGGCCCUGCCCCGCCGCCGUCAAGCAAGAGGACUGCCUCACUCUCAAGUCGCAUAAACUGUUGACUCGGUCUUGUUCCGGAGACCCGCGGUGUGAGCACAACGCCGGCUUGAAGCCCCACAAACUGUUAAGCAGAUCUUACUCCAGUAAUCUCAGAAUGGAAGAGCUGUACGGACUGAAAAGCCACAAGCUGCUCAGCAAGUCCUACUCGAGCGCUCCCAAGUCGUCCAAGACGGAGCUUUUCAAGGAACCUAACGCAGAGGGCAGGAGGCUCUCUCUCACCUCAGGGCUUAUCGGUAUCUUAACCCCGUCUUCAUCGUCAUCUUCCCAGCCUGCUCCAAAUGGUGCCAAAUGCAUUCCAAUACGAGACCGCGGCUUCCUAGUGCAGACAAUUGAGUUUGCUGAACAGCGGAUCCCUGUAUUGAAUGAAUACUGUGUGGUUUGUGAUGAGCCACAUGUGUUUCAAAAUGGCCCUAUGCUUAGGCCCACUGUGUGUGAGCGAGAGCUGUGUGUGUUUGCUUUUCAAACCCUGGGAGUAAUGAAUGAAGCUGCUGAUGAAAUAGCUACCGGAGCUCAGGUGGUAGAUCUGCUGGUAUCCAUGUGUAGGUCUGCAUUGGAAUCUCCUAGAAAAGUUGUCAUUUUCGAGCCAUAUCCUUCUGUGGUGGAUCCUAACGAUCCUCAGAUGCUGGCCUUCAACCCCAGAAAGAAGAACUAUGAUCGAGUAAUGAAAGCACUGGAUAGCAUAACUUCCAUUAGAGAAAUGACACAAGCACCAUAUCUGGAAAUCAAGAAGCAGAUGGAUAAACAAGACCCCCUUGCUCAUCCCCUACUGCAAUGGGUUAUUUCAAGUAAUAGGUCACAUAUUGUGAAACUGCCAGUUAACAGGCAACUGAAGUUUAUGCAUACUCCACAUCAGUUCCUUCUUCUCAGCAGUCCACCAGCCAAAGAAUCUAAUUUUAGAGCUGCUAAAAAACUCUUUGGAAGCACCUUUGCUUUUCAUGGCUCACACAUUGAAAACUGGCACUCUAUCCUGAGGAAUGGUCUGGUUGUUGCUUCUAAUACUAGACUGCAGCUCCACGGUGCAAUGUAUGGGAGUGGAAUCUAUCUUAGCCCAAUGUCAAGCAUAUCUUUUGGUUACUCAGGGAUGAACAAGAAGCAGAAGGUGACAACCAAAGACGAGCCGGCGUCCAGCAGUAAAAGCAGCAGUGCAUCACAGUCACAGAAAAAAGGGCAGCAGUCCCAAUUCCUGCAAAGCCGUAACUUAAAAUGCAUAGCCUUAUGUGAAGUCAUCACCUCACCUGACCUGCACAAACAUGGAGAGAUAUGGGUCGUCCCAAAUACUGAUCAUGUCUGCACACGAUUCUUUUUUGUCUAUGAAGAUGGCCAAGUUGGAGAUGCGAAUAUUAACACACAAGAAGGAGGCAUUCACAAAGAGAUCCUUCGAGUAAUUGGUAAUCAAACUGCUACUGGUUAAAGGACCACCAUUUAAUUAACAUGAUUUGAAAGCCUUCCUCGGGUUCAAAGCUGGAUUUUGAACUGAAGAAGAUGAUAAAAUAAUUUAUUGUUAUUAUAAACAAAAGUAACCCUUUGAAUACUGAUUUUUUUCUUAGUAUUUCUAAGUAUCUCAUUAAAUACCUAAAAUGGUAUAAAAUUUAUCAAUUGUAGGGUUAUGGAAUCUAGUAAUAAAAUUGCAACAGCACUUAAACUGAAGUUUGGGUUGCUCACACAAUAAACAGAUUGAAAAAAACAGUUCUGUGCUGAUAUUUUUAUAUUAAACUCUUCAAUUGGAAAUUUGUUAUUAUAUACCAACAUUUUAGGUUACCAAAAUAGAACUGAGAACAUUUUAUAAAGACAUCUAAAUCUAUACAGUACUUUGCAAUAAGUUUGUUUGCACAUUCUCAUGUGCUAUUUACUUAGUGGUAUGAACACUCAGAUGUUUUGGGGAGGGAUGUUUCCUAUUCUCUUGUUAUUUUUUUCUCGUACAAAGACAAUUAGGUCUUAGAUGCAGAGCUUUGCCCAAGAGUAUGUAAUGUACAUAUUUAUAGACCGAUGCAUCCAAAUGUGUGAUCGAGCAGAGACGGCACGGCUCCCCGAUUCUAUGCUCAUUUAAUAGGAAGAAAAUAAUAUUCAGUAAGCAGUAAAUCAGGACAUAAACCAAGAUAUGAGUCAAAUUUACCACCAUUCAUUCACUGAAGAUGUUUAGAAACAAUUUUUUUAUUUGUUUAAAUAAUUUCCACUUCAGUUAAAAUUCAACUCUUUUAUAAUGUUAUCUAAUAGUUAUAAUUUGGGGAACACAGAUGCCCCAGGUGGAUUAACUCUAUAUUCAAAUGAUUAUAUACAUAAAAGAAAGGCCUCAGAAUUUAAACAAACAGUAUAUAUUUUUUAUUUCCUAUGGUGGAACAUUUUUAAAAUUUAUUCAGCACUUUUUAUAUUUUUUCAUCUAAUACCUCUGCUUAUUUUUUUUUCUUAUUGAGAAAGAAGACAAACUUUGAGGUUUCUUUUAUAUUAAAAGAACACAAAUAAGUUUAUAGAGAAUAACACCAGCUCUUAGCAUUGUUCCUUUCAAGAGUCACGUGCUCAUCAAAAUCAUUUCUCUUUCUUUGGGUCCUAGAGUUACUCAUUGUAAGUUUUAGACAGUGUUUAUUUUCCUCCAUGGUGUCUUUGGAAUAAGGCCAUUCAUGAGAGCAGUUUAAUUAGCAAGUCUGCCACUCUAGUCAGACCCUGAAUCAAGGCUCAUAUCUGAUUCUAAUUUAUUUGGAAAGAAAAAAUAAAUAAAAAU